CUGCGAUUAGAUAUCAUUAAUAAGUAAGUCAGAUCAGAUUUCCUUUACAGGGAUUCAAACCCACAUUCCUUUACAGGAAGAGACUACAAAUUAUUACAGGAUGGGUAAUACCCAGAGCACUCCUCUAUCUCUCCUUACAAGUAAUUUCAAAGAAGUUAGAGCAAGGGGCCAUGAUCUUGGUAUAGAAAUCAGGAAAGGAAAGCUAAUUACUCUGUGUCGCUCCGAAUGGCCUGCCUUUGAUGUGGGGUGGCCGCCCGAAGGGACCUUCCGACUUGCUGUCAUCACUAGGGUAAAGUCCAAGAUUUUCCUACCUGGGCGUGCGGGCCACUUAGAUCAUAUCCCAUAUAUCCUCAUAUGGCAGGACCUUGUUGAGAACCCGCCUCCUUGGCUGUCCCCUUUCCAAUUGGCCUCUGAACCCUGUAAGGCACUAGUUGCUCGACCACUAAAAUCCAAGCAACCAACUGCCCCCCCCCAUCCUGUUUUACCUGACAGCGGGGACCCACUGUUCACAGAACCCCCUCCGUACCCCUCCGGGCCCCAGGCCCCAGCCCCCCUGGCUGAGCUGCGGGAGGGAGCAGGCGGACGGGAGGCGGCCGGCACUCACGGGCCCGCUGAAAGGGAAAGUAACUUUGAAGGGCCGGCGGGGAGGACGCGAGGGCGCACUUCGCGGACCAGCCCCCCUCAGCCGCCUGACUCCACGGUGGCUUCACCCCUUCGGGAAAUAGGACCCCCGGAUGACACAGGAAUCCCCAGGCUCCAGUACUGGCCAUUCUCCACCAGUGAUCUGUAUAACUGGAAAACUCAGAGUGCUCGGUUUUCAGACAAUCCCAAAGAUUUACUGGCUUUACUAGAUAGUGUCAUGUUCACCCACCAGCCCACUUGGGAUGAUUGUCAGCAGCUCCUCCGAAUUUUGUUCACCACGGAAGAGCGAAAGAGAAUACAGAUAGAAGCUAGAAAGCUGGUCCCGGGGGACGACGGUCAACCGACUGCCAACCCCGACCUCAUAAACGCAACCUUUCCUCUGACCAGGCCGGCGUGGGACUACAACACGGCAGAAGCCUUACAGAAAAUUCACCAAGAAAUCUGGCCCAAGCUGAGAGAGCUAUAUGAGACCAGUCCCCCACCGACACCCCAUCCGUACCAGCCGGGAGACUGGGUCCUGGUUAAGCGACACCGACAAGAGACCCUAGAGCCCAGGUGGAAAGGACCACUCCAAGUACUCCUGACCACACCCACCGCCCUGAAGGUAGAAGGCAUUGCGUCGUGGAUCCACUACACCCACGUCAAGCCAGUGGACCCAACCUCCGACCUUCUGGGGCCAAUCAUGGCGGCGGCAGCUGAAGCACCGGACACGUGGACUGUGGACAGAGCUAAGAACAACCCCUUAAAACUCACCCUGCGCCGUAUUUUGAACACUGACUUCAAGUGUCAGUCUCCUUUGGAUCUUCUACAGAUUCAGUCUGGCUCUUUUCAAAGGCAUGUAGCUCUUCAAGUAGCCAAAAUUGCUGCAGGAGGGAUGCCUCAUCAGGAAGCUGCACAAGAUAUCAAUGAUGCGACUGCCUGGCUGCACAGGCAGUGCUGGCCCAGCUGCUGGGACAUUGACAGGUCAGUGGAAAACGAGUGCCUAGGGUGA